UCUUAGUCAUCACGACUUCUCUUUCGAUGCCAAACAAUGAAUGCUCCACAGAAGAAUACAUGAGAAAACCUUGGUCUUUACGUAUGAAUCUCUAGUGUCGUCAGUCGGGAUUCCCUUUUCACAGCCAGAUAGCUUCUAUUCGGACUUUCAAAGGCUUUUGAAAUUCAAUUUGGCGCCGUUACCAGCUAGUUGAGUAGAGCUUCCCCACCUAGACGGUUCGGAUCAGUUGGCGUCGCUAUGGAUAGCAUUCAGCAAUCAGAGACUCCAAGUUCCACCGCUGGAAGCGAUGUCAGGCCUGAAGAAAGAGGACCUCUGGGAUCUUCUAGCGAUUACGAGGCUGUAUUCAGUGGCCUGCGACAGUCGCCAUCAGCUGCUGCCGACAGCGGGGAGAAAUCGGGAUCCGAGGAGUUGCUGCAUUCAGAUAAUAUUCGGAGGCAGUCAGCUGGAAGAACGCCAGGAUUCAAUCGCCCGACAGCUGUAACAGAGAGUACCAUACGGGAUUCAACAUCUGCAUCGAUGACGACAGCUGCCGGCACAUCCGUUCCUUCGGUCUCCGUGAAUAGUAGCAAUCGGUUCAAUGGCCCUGCACUCAACAUGAAUAUCCCCCGUAUACUUCCGCACGAGCAGGUCUUUUCGAUACAAGUGGGGGAUACUUUAUUCAGACUAAGCGGAGCUUCCCUCUCUUCGGAUGGACCAUCAUACUUUACUUCUUUUUUCUCCUUCCACAGACAAGAAGGACGACAAGAAGGACGAAACGAUUACCCGAUACUAUAUAUCGAUCGCAGCCCUGAGAUUUUUCGGGAUAUUGUCCGGCAUUUGCAAGGAUACUAUGUUGUCCCGAAAGAUGAAUAUCAUUUUGUGUACUUGUAUGCGGACGCCCAUUACUACCAGUUGCCCAAGUUGGUCAAACUUCUAUUCAAUUCUGAGAUCUUUGUUCGAAUCGGGUCGACACCAUUUCGGAUUCCCAAAGAACUUCUCUCCAAGCCUGGCGAUUCACCCAACUUUUUCUCGCUCGGGUUCUCUUCUUUCUUUGCUUCUCCCGAGGAAGUGUUCCCAGGAACUCGCGGCUUGAUCAGACCUCCCGCUGUUGCCCCCCCUCAGGUUUUGGCGCACUCAGAAGAGCUUUUCCAACAGCUACUUCAAGCCUUCAAGGGUGCGCCUCUACAAUUCAAGUCACCGGAGCAUCGUGAUCUGUUGAUCAAAGAAUGCAAGUAUUACCAUUUCAGGGGUCUGGAACAAAAGCUCAUUCCUAUUGAUAUCUCAAAAAACUUGCUCACUGGUAGAGAAGAGAUCACGAUCCGGUUGCGAGAUAUCAAACCGGCUAGUGUCAAUGUGGACAGUAAUAUCGAUGGCGAUCUUCAAAGAGUACGAUAUAAGAGACCUUACACAGAUGAUGAACUGCGUGACUUAGUGAUCCAGGUCGACCAGAAGGAGAUUGUUUUGAGGGCAUAUGAUAUAGCGAAUAUCAACAAUGACAGCAGCGGGAAGAGAAAAUGUCGAUGGGGUGUUGAAAUUAUUCAAGGAAGCACUACGGCUAAGCAACUAGAAGCCAUCGUUGCAAAAUUUCCACCUACUGUGAACCGUCCCGAGACAAAUGGUCCUUGUCGUCUCGCAUCGGAUCUACACGACGCGUAUAUCGUUAUAGAUGGUGUGGAGACAGAUGCUCAGUACUUGGACGAUGGAUCAAUCGAAUGCUUUUAUCCCCACGGAUCGUACUCUUCUACAUCUCGAAAAAGGAAGCGGACAAGUGAAGAUGAAGAAGAGGUGGUAUUCACGCAUGACAUUAUGCCGCUGAGAAAUCUUGCUGUUUCGAAAGCACAAUUCAAGUUAUACAUCAUAAAGGGUAUGGUCAUAAUGCAAAUCUUAAGUAUCGAUUGCAUUUCUUCUUUACGAGAGGCGAACCAGCGUCGGGGAUUCUUGUGAUUUGAUGUUGAAUGUACAUAUAUCUCACGGCUUUUUGCCCCUAAUAGUAACAGAUAUGGCCAUAAUACGUCUUUGAGUAAGAUAUCAUUUAUACGUAAUUAUAAUUUAAUUCAAGUGGUCGCGUAAUAUUUGGGACAGUGUGCCACCA